GGGAAAUCGCGUAAUGGCGGACACGGGCCGGGUGAACGCGGCUGGGGGCGUAGCGCGCUGAGGGGGGUCUGGCUGUGUGGCAUCCCCGGAGGCGGCCCGCGGGAACAGGCCCCGUGCGGGGAAGGGCGGCUGGCCGGCCCAUCUGUCGCUGAGGGCGACCGUGCGAGACCAGGUUGUUUUUCAUCAUUCAGAACAUUGCCUGAAGCAGGUCCACCAUGCCGUUAGUAACGAGGAACAUCGAGCCAAGGCACCUGUGCCGUCAGACGUUGCCUAGCGUUAGAAGCGAGCUGGAAUGCGUGACCAACAUCACCCUGGCAAAUGUCAUCCGACAGCUGGGCAGCCUGAGUAAAUAUGCAGAGGACAUUGUUGGAGAGCUCUUUACUCAGGCAAAUACCUUUGCCUCUCGGGUAAGCUCCCUUGCUGAGAGGGUCGACCGCCUACAAGUUAAAGUCACUCAGCUGGAUCCCAAGGAAGAAGAAGUGUCACUGCAAGGAAUCAACACCCGGAAGGCCUUCAGAAGCUCUACUAUUCAAGACCAGAAGCUUUUUGACAGAAACUCUCUCCCAGUACCUGUCUUGGAAACAUAUAACACCUGUGAUACUCCUCCACCUCUCAACAAUCUUACCCCUUACAGGGACGAUGGGAAAGAGGCACUCAAAUUCUACACAGACCCUUCGUACUUCUUUGAUCUUUGGAAGGAGAAGAUGCUGCAGGACACCAAGGAUAUCAUGAAAGAGAAGAGAAAGCAUAGGAAAGAAAAGAAAGAUAAUCCAAAUCGAGGGAAUGUAAAUCCACGUAAAAUCAAGACACGGAAGGAAGAAUGGGAGAAGAUGAAGAUGGGACAAGAAUUUGUGGAAUCCAAAGAAAAGCUGGGGCCUUCUGGAUAUCCACCCACCUUGGUGUACCAGAACGGCAGUAUUGGCUCUGUUGAAAAUGUGGACAGAAACAGCUACCCACCGCCCCCCCUGUCAGACUCCACUUCUCCACCUUCUCCUUCCUUCUCUGAGGAUAGCUUGCCUCCCCCACCAGCAGAAUUCAGCUGCCCAGCAGACAGCAACCAAAGAGGGCCUGGCUUAGCUGGACCCAAAAGAUCCAGCGUGGUCAGUCCAAGUCAUCCACCACCAGCUCCUCCUCUGGGCUCUCCACCAGGCUCCAAACCCGGGUUUGCCCCACCACCUGCCCCGCCACCUCCGCCUCCAAUGAUGGGCAUUCCACCCCCACCACCGCCUGGAGGAUUUGGGUCUCCAGGGACCCCACCACCUCCUUCACCCCCAUCUUUCCCACCUCACCCCGAUUUUGCUGCCCCUCCACCUCCUCCGCCACCACCCGCAGCUGACUACCCAACUCUGCCACCACCUCCCUUGUCCCAAUCAGGAGGAGGCGGCGCACCUCCCCCUCCCCCUCCUCCCCCUCCUCCGGGGCCCCCUCCUCUCCCUUUCAGUGGUGCAGAAAGCCUGUCUGUUGCACCACCACUUUCUGAUGCCACCAAGCCUAAGUCCUCCUUGCCUCCUGUGAGCGAUGCCCGCAGCGACUUACUUUCAGCCAUACGUCAAGGCUUUCAGCUGCGCAGGGUUGAGGAGCAGCAGGAACAAGAGAAGCGUGACGUUGUGGGCAACGACGUAGCCACCAUCUUGUCCCGUCGGAUUGCCGUGGAGUAUAGCGACUCGGAGGAUGACUCCUCUGAGUUUGAUGAGGACGACUGGUCGGAUUAACUCUUUCCCUGCUGCCCACCUCCCUUUUCUUUCCUCCUGCUGCCUUCUUUGAUGCAUAUCUGAACAGUCUAAUGGGGGGGAAAGGGAGGAAAAAAGAAUUUCAAGGGGCCAAAGUCUUCCCUGAAGCAACCAAAGAUAUAUCCAAGUGCUUCCUCCAAAUCAACAUAUAUUUUCCCAUCUCCCCAUGGACAGGCCCCGUGGGGCUCCUGAGAUUCAGUAGCUGAGAUGUUCCCUCUUCCCUUCAAGUGACUGUUGCAUAUUGAAGAGAAGGAAAAACUCCCAAGCAAAUCCCUUUGAUUGGGUUUAGAUUGGAGUUGGUACCUUCCCCUGGGAGCCCUCUUCAGCUGUGGUCUCCUUCCAAAAUCCUUACCCUUCAAAUAAUGCCAGCCAUCUUCUGGUCCUAAAAAGCCUGCAGGGGCACGGCCAGCCCCUUUCCCAUGCACUGAGAGGG